ACAGAACGAGCCCAGAGCAGAGUCUGAACAGCUGUCGUGCGAGCCGCGCGCCGUUUCCUUUCUUAACCUUUUUUUCAGUUAUCUCAUUUAUUCCGUGACAUGUCUUGUUGCUUCCGUGUUGUUCUUCGUUCAGGUAGCGGGAAUUAAGUGAAACACUGAGUUUUUCUUUUGGAGUUCCUGUUGCUACAGUAUGUUUGUGAGUUUCCCCCCGCGUGCUGUUUAACCGCAGCUGGAAGCACGAGCGCUGUUCGCGGUGCUGAAAGCUUCAAGAGCCGCGAGGAGAGCAGAGGUUUCCGAGCCUCUGGAGAGACAUGAGGAGGAGGAGGUUCUGUGUGGCGGGCUUUUUACUCGCCUGGAAACUAGUACUGUUACUCAGUGUGGGUCAGUGUAAGGAGGUGGACAAUGCUGCAAGGACACGGCAGGCCCCAAUGUCUCCCUCUGAUUUUCUGGACAAACUGAUGGGGCGGACAUCUGGAUAUGACGCCAGGAUAAGACCAAACUUUAAAGGUCCUCCAGUCAAUGUUUCCUGUAACAUUUUCAUCAACAGCUUUGGCUCCAUUGCAGAAACCACUAUGGACUACCGUGUGAAUAUCUUCCUCCGUCAGCAAUGGAAUGAUCCCAGGCUUGCCUAUGCUGAAUACCCAGAUGACUCUCUGGACUUGGACCCCUCUAUGUUAGACUCUAUAUGGAAACCAGAUCUGUUCUUUGCGAAUGAGAAGGGGGCCCACUUUCACGAAGUCACUACUGACAACAAACUGCUCAGGAUAUUUAAGAAUGGGAAUGUUUUGUAUUCUAUAAGACUAACAUUAACUCUGUCAUGUCCCAUGGAUCUAAAAAACUUUCCCAUGGAUGUUCAGACCUGUAUCAUGCAACUGGAGAGCUUUGGUUACACCAUGAAUGACCUGAUCUUUGAGUGGCAGGAGAACGGACCAGUCCAAGUGGCCGAAGGCCUCACGCUCCCGCAGUUCAUCCUCAAAGAUGAAUCAGACCUCAGAUACUGCACCAAGCACUACAACACAGGUAAAUUUACUUGUAUCGAGGUGCGGUUCCAUCUGGAGCGUCAGAUGGGCUACUACCUGAUCCAGAUGUACAUCCCCUCUCUGCUCAUUGUCAUUCUGUCCUGGGUCUCAUUCUGGAUCAACAUGGAUGCCGCCCCGGCCAGAGUGGCACUGGGCAUUACCACUGUCCUCACAAUGACAACUCAGAGCUCAGGAUCCAGGACUUCACUGCCUAAGGUCUCUUAUGUCAAGGCCAUAGACAUCUGGAUGGCAGUGUGUCUUCUCUUCGUCUUCUCUGCACUGCUGGAGUAUGCUGCUGUUAACUUUGUGUCGAGGCAACAUAAAGAGCUGCUGCGAUUCAGACGGCAUCACAAGAACAAGAGCAAGAACAGUGGAGGUGCAGUUGAUCCAGAGGAGCUAGCUGAUUCCCUUCAUCGUGUUAACAUUGACAACGACCUCAAAGCAACAGACCCCCUGUAUGGAUCUAUGACCAAAAUCUACACCAGCAACCACAGGGAAGGGGAAAUACAUGAGAGCAGACUGACCUCCACAGCUGCCGUGACCUCCACUCCCAGCAACAGCAAGGAUCUGAAGGCUGGUGUCAACAACACUGUUACUGUACUGAAUACACCAGGAGGCACAGCGAACACUACCCAGAAUCCACCUGGAGCGGCUACAGGUGGAGGGGGCAAAAGCACUGAAGAGAUGAGGAAGUUAUUUAUCGACAGAGCCAAAAAGAUUGACACUGUGUCGAGGGCCGGCUUCCCUCUGGCCUUUCUCUUCUUCAAUAUAUUCUACUGGGUCCUUUACAAGAUACUUCGACAUGAAGAUGUACAUAAGCAAUAGUGAAAGCAAGAGAAUAGAUUAUUGAUAAACAGGUUGUGCACACACAUUGUUGUACCACCAUUCAUACAUGAGAACACUUCAUUAGCUAUCCUCAUGUCCCUGUUCUUUAACCCUGACCUUUAGAAACAUUCAGGAUGACCUCACUUUCCAAAAAUGUCCCGAUUGUCCUGGUGUAAACCUCAUCAUCAGUUCUCAUGAACACACACAGCUAGCUCACCCAGGUGACACCAGGUGUCUUUGUUUGGCACAGGUAGGUGGAGUGUGACAGUUACUCAUAUCUGCUCAUAUCUGAUUGAGUGCUUGUAGUUUCUGUCAGAUGAUUGACAGGUGCUUAACAGCUUCCACUAGUCACUGACAUCAUAGUGGAUUAAAAGUAGGGAGGGUGUGGCCUUUAACUCCUGCAAGAUUCAGUAGACUCAUCCUGGUCGCCAGAACACAGACGCACGUUUUCUCACCAGAGAUUCAAAGAUGACAGGUUUGAUCUAAAUCACUGCACAUCACUUUCAUGGGUGGCUCUUGAGUUAAGGGAGCUCAUAUGUACUCUUUUUCUUUUUGUUUUUACACAUGCACUGACUUGGCUUGUCCUCCAUUUGACUUGGCGUGUCAGCCCAGUGCAGCAGGAAUUCGCAUUGCCAUUACAACCACCUCUCCGUUGAAGGUGUGUCUUUAAUUUUAAUUUUAGCUGAUGACGCACUUGUUUUGAGCCAGUGACAUUUAGAAGCAGCAGGCUGAUCUAGGCUGUGACGAGAGUGGCUGUAAAGUGGUGGGUAAACACAUCUCAUUUCCUCCAUUAUAGGUACUGCAGGUGUUCUGUCACAGUAUGGCAGAAGCGGUUUACGUGGCGGAGGAGAGCUGUUUGCAGAGGUGCGGUCAAAGCCUUUUGUCAUUCACCCCUCUAGCAUUUCACUGUGUUGUUUCUGCAUGUAAUCUUGCUCCCUGCAUUAUUAUUUAAGGCAAAAUCAGAAAGCGUUUUUACCGGCAGUAGCUUAACGUGACAGCUGAAAGCAAACGUGAUGAAACAGCAGAUGAUCUGAAAUUACAAACUGGGAACUGGAGCCUAUCCCAGCUUACUACGGGUGAGAGGCAGGGUACACCCUAGACUGAUCGUCAGUCAAUCGCAGGGCCCCAACCAGUAACAUAUGAGAGAAAAUUAGUUUAACUCUGCUCAGCCGCAGCCACUAAAGGAAAGGCCCACUGAGUGCAACCAGCAACUUAUUGAUCUAAUGCAUAUACUGCGUCUUUGAAAUGUACUGUUGCUCUGAAGGCAACACAACCACAGAACCCUGCACAAAACCCCUGUGCAGUUUACUGCGUUCAGGCCAUGUGUAUGUGGUUUCACUCCAUUUAAAAACUGGAUGUGCUGAGGACAUGCUGGUUAGACCUGUCUGAGUGCUUCAAUAAGGUGUAAUAACCAAACUAAACAUGCUGCAUGGAUGGAAGCGUGGCACGUAGGGGAGAAGGGUUACUGAAGUUGCUCACAUAGUCUCAUUUAAGGGACACUGACUGGUUAGUUAUUACAUGAACUGUCGUUUCUUCACUUAUAUGCUCUGGAAAUCAUGUGUUUGUCAUGGUUGGCUAACACCCUUGCCACCAUGUAUGCAGUGGUGCGUCAUUAAAGAGAUGUGAAGUGUUAUGUCUUAACUUUGCACUAUAAUGCUUAAUCCACAUAUUAAAACACCACCCUUGAUGGGUGGUACAAUCAUUUGUACAGUAAUCGGUGGAGAUUACCGCUGUAAUCAUGAGUAUGAGAUGAAGGAGGCUUUCAAAAACACAAACACUGAACACGGCAUUGGAGGUAGAUAAAAUUAUCCCACAGAGAUGUAAUCAGCAUAUUUCAUGUCACUUUGGACCUAUUAGGUUAUAAAAUAUCUUCCAGGUUACACUCGUUUUAAGAUGGAAAGGCUUCAAUGUGCUUUGUUAAUGUGAUGGUGAUUUUGGUUAAGGUAUGCUGGCCUGGACCAAAGUUAUGGAGAGAGGAACAAAUGGAUUGAUCGGUCAACCAUCACAUCCUCAGUUUUCUGAAGGUAUUGAAGUAAAUUAGCCAGUAAAGUCAGUUUUUGUUUUUGUUUUUUUCUUAAUACUCUGCCAGAACCUCACAGUGUUCCUUUAAGAGCACCAGGAAGUGGUUGUAUGGAAGAUACCAUUCAAAUCCAUGUCAGGUUCUUUAUAUUUUUAUCAGAUUCUCGGUUCUGUGAAUGAAUGAAAUUUGUUUCUUGUACUGUAUUCUCCUUCCCUGAAUUUGUUACUGUGACACCUCUACCCUGAUCUCGACAAUGAACUACUAAAAGGCUCCAGGCAUGGGAGGACAAGAUACAUGGAGAAACUUACAAAAAUCAACCAUGAUAAAAAAAAGACUGCAAUCUUGGCUUCAAUCAGUCGAGACUUCUGUGGAGAGCAGCAGAAAAUCUACUGUAAAAGAAUGGAGACAAGAAGAAGAAAUGAGGAAUAUUAGGAACCACAAAAGCACACACACACACACACACACACACACACACAAACUGAGCAAUGUUUCACCCACUUGUGUCUUACAAGCACAGCUGUCAAUGUGUUUUUGUCCCCCACACCCAACCUCAAACUUCCCAGGACACCCACACAAACACACACUCAAACAAAGCUGUUACCACCAAACCACAUGCUGUACAUGCCUGUUUUUAUUAAGCUAUCGUGGUAAAAGGCCCCAGAACCUACUGUAACAUCAUGAUACUGAGUCCCUGUUUACACUAUGACUAAUGCUGCAACUGCUGUGGUACUUUCCAGUUAGCCCUUAUAUUCUGUCACACAGGUUUCUUCUAAUAAGCAUUUAGUCAUUUAGACUGAACACUUAAUUAGGGGGUAACACAAUCCAAAAUACAAAGGUCAGUACAACUCAGAACCAUAAUCUGUGUGUUGUGUUAAGAAAACUUAGUCAAUCACUCUCUCCAAAAUUUAGAAAUAAAAUGUUUUUCUAACAAACUGAAAUGAUAAAACAAGGAAUUAAGUUGUUUGUUUCUCUGAGCAGCCCAGUCUCCUGCUGAUUGCAUUCACAUGCAACUUUGCAUGAGCAUUUUACAUUUUGGAGGAAACCCAAUAUUGGAUAAAAUGUAAUUAUGUUUCAUUUUGAGUACCAAUGUGGGAAGUAGAGGAACAUUUGAUGUGUGAUUCAUGUAAGUCCUGUGUCCUUGAUGUGGAAUAUUUUGUAAUUCUUUGAUCAGAUCAAGUCUGUUGCUAAAUCAUUGUUGGUUUAUGAAUUUGUGGCCCAAGAGAACACACCGUUGGAAUUUUUCUAGGAAAUCACUUGGCUCUAAUGUUAAUUCCUGUCAGCUGUUAACAUCAGCAGAUACUGUAACAUUCAUACUGUGGUGGAAACACUGGAGCAGUCUGCCAAGCUUUUUGUGCUGUAGUAUUACAUGAUGUGUUUUCUUUCUACAAAGAUAGCCAUAGGUGCUUUAAAUUUAUGCCACAGUGUGGAUUGUAGUUAUUUUGCAGGUUUAGUAAUUUCCAACAAAAUACCUUUAAUAUCCUACCAAACUUUUUUUGAAAGCAUGCUGUAUUUUAGCCUUUCUGUUGAGAAUGUUGUAGAAAAAUGAAACCUGUUUGAGAUAAGUCAUCUGUCAUAGUGCUCAUAAUGAUAUGAUGGUCAUUGAUUCAGGCUUCAAGAAGUUGAUUUACUCUUAGCAAAUAUAUUCAGCAAACACUUCCAUGUUUGUGCUGGAGUGUUGAAAAGGAGCCUGACAAGGCUGCUGGCAACUCUGUGUUGCUGAGUGUGGAACUGGGCAGCGAUAGCUCUACAGCACUGGCCAGUGGGUUGGCUGGCAUGCUGCUGACAAGCAAGUUGCUGGGAGGCUUACCUCCUUCGGGAGGGCUUCCUAGGGCAGGCACAGGAUCAGGGAACAAUCUGGUUCCGUGUUGGCCAACCGGUCAAAUGACUGGAGACCAGUAGUCUGGAGGCUAUCUGGCUUUAGAGCAAGGACUAGCAGAAAAGAGACCAGAGAAGUGGACAACAAAAGUUGUCGAGAGCCUCACAUUGUUGUGGGUGCUAAUGGCUAGUAGGAUCACACAGAAAGGAAACUCCUGGGAACCGUUGGAAAUGGAAUCAAAUAGAACGCUGAACACCUCAGACCACUGACCACCUUGGGAAAUCAGGGAAAAUGUAUCACUGCCUAAAGGGGAAGGUACAAAAGUCCUGGACUAAAUUUUCCAAAAACACUUACUUACUGUUAACCUGACUCACCAGAUGAAACCACAGACAGAAUCGUGGGAAGUCGCCAGUGGAAGCUAUGUGUUAAACGGUUGGCUCUUUUCGAAAAAAUACUUCGUGAUUGGACAGAAAUACUUCACAGCUCCAAUAUAACUGAUGCAAUCACAGCAUCUAUACUGAUCCCUUUAAGAGCUGCCAUUAUUACCAUCACACACACUCUUUUGAGCGAGAACCAUACUGGUGCUUUUAAUCCCAUUACUAUUACACAUGUUCUUUUAUGUCAUUACUGGGGUUUUCAAAAAUGGCUGACAAUUCUGAAUUGACUAAAACAUCCAAGAGUUACCUCUAGGAGUUAAAUCAGUGGCAGGUGAACUUUCCCCUUCACAGACUGCAGUGUUUUACGUGUUCAGUUUCCUGGAAGGAUGUUCAGUUAGCUUGUUAACAUGAAGCCUUUCCGUGCAGUCGCUGUGAAGUAUUUACACCAGUGUUUCCCCCCCAGAAAUAUUUGCAUGUUUCUGAUAAAAACAACUUCUUAUUGUUUGUCACGUUUGUCACGAUAUUUCUGCUGUCUAUUGCCAAGUUCCUGCAUAGGACUUAGGUUUGUUAAAAAACAAAGAUAUAUGCAUCUAGAUGUUUCAAGUUUAAUAUUCACUCAUUUUACUGUAUAGUAUAUAGCACCAGCCAUUCUUUCAGUCCAUGAUUCACACUACAUAUUGAUACACAUACAUACACAUAGUAUGUAUCAUUUCCUGCUAGCAGGAAAUUGUACAAUAGUGCUAAACUUCAAAUCUGCCUUUCUAGCUUUCUGUACACACCAAAUGAAACUAUGUUUUCUCAUUUCUUUAUUUUUCUACAUUUGAUUUUUGAUUAAGUCUGGACAUUAACACAUAACAGCAAUGCAACUAUCUCAAACAGGUUUCAAGAUGAUUUUCAUAAUGCAAAAUGGAUGCUAAUCACUGAUGGUCGGAAAGAUAAACGCAUUCAAAAUCCAAAGUGUGUGUGUAAAACAGUUGGCAGUUAUUUAGGGUGUUCAUAGUUUCUUUGUAAUGCUGAUGGUCUCCAAUAUUGCUCCAGUGAAUAUAGUCAGUUAUUACACUGAAGGACCCUUAAAGCUCCUCCACUCCCAUGGUUCACUCACACGGAUGGUUUCGCUCCCGUUGCCUCCUUAGAGCUUUCCUCAGGAGUGUGUGGGCAUGUUCAGACUGUGUUUAAUUCACUUGUUCCUCACUCUCGUAUCGGUUUUGAUGUUCCAGUUUAUGAUGAAAAACACUACUGUCAUUCUGAUCAGUACAUGUGCAGUAGUCUGGUGACCUUAUGUAAUUCCCGGCAUAUAGCGCCUCAUUAACCUGGAAAUAGGUCUAAUCAACCAGAACAGGUGAAAACACCUGUGUGGGUGUGUUUGAGUUCUUACUCGAAGCCUUGCACUUAAUGACUUGUGUUACUGCAGUUGAUGCCAACCUUCUUCAUAAUCUCACGUAAAGAACUGUCUGUAAUCCUGUUGGGAAUCUGGUCAGACUUAAGUAGCCAUCUAGAUGUGUUUAUCGCUCUGUUUUUAGCUGUGCCACACACACACACACACACACACACACACACUGUAAAAACUGCUAUGCCAUAAAUACAUUUCUAUGCUCGGUCAAAGAUUAAUCCUUUCGUACAGAAAGAGAAGUUUGAAAAUAUUUUAAAUUUGAAUUUAUAUUGUAUGAGUCAUGAAACUGUGAACUGACACUGUGAUUUUUGUCCCGAGUUGGAUGUGUUACUUUUAUUGUUGUUGGACAAAGGCAGCCAAUGAACCAGAAGAAAGUGAUUUUCAAACACUUUUAUACAUAAAAAUGCCUUCCUUUGCUGUUUUAACAAAGAAAUUGAAUUCUUGAAUGAUGUCGUGUGCUACAGCUUUUCACUCUUAGACCACAGACGUGAUCUAUGGGUUCCCUCACAAGAUUUCCAUUGCAGUUUUUCCCACAGGAUUUUCAAUAUAUUAUAUGUAAAAGGAAUAUACAAAAAUAUAGACAUAAGGUUAAAAAACCUUUCACUGUUUUAUCUGAGCCACAAGUUUCGAAAAUUUUAUGUUUGUUUUGUAUUUAUACUUGCAUUGUGGUUGAAAUGUGGUGAAAAGUGUGUAGAUUUGUGAAGAAUAUUUUCUUACAUUGUUUUCACGUCACAGGUUUCAAUUCACUGCAGUGUGAAAAGCUGUCAUGGGAACCCUGGACAAGCUAACUCCAGAUGCAUCAUGGGUGAUCUGUAUUCUGAACUUGGACCAAUUUCAUAUCUCAGAGGUUCUGUUUCAUAAAAACUGAUUUUGUCCAAACACAUUUUAACAAAAUCUCUCAUUAUCCACACCCUUGUUAAUUCUCCAUCAGAUUUAAGAUUCACAUACCAGUCAAAAGGCAACAUGUUGGUAAUCAUGUGCUGUAUGCUGACAGAAUGUUCUGUCGUGAUCUCGUUCGAUUUCAAGGUGUAAAAACAAAAAGAAAAGCCCUCCUACAUUUGUUCAGUACAGAGUUGAGAGCACAUGCACUAUUUUUUGUAAAAUAAGAUGUGCAUAUUUUACAUUGUUAAAGUUAAAUUCUAUUGGAUUACAAUAAACUUGGUAGCCACUUUUUAAUGUCGACUGCCUGUCUGUCCUCUCUUGUCUCUCAGUUUGCCUGAAU